GAGUGUGCCCUCCCCUUCCCCUUUCCCCUUCUCACUGGCCAGUAUGCAAACCUGAUGGCAGGAGCUGGAGCGGGCACUUUGAAACCCAGAGACAGAGAGUGAUAUAUUGCGAAUGGCAGAGAUACUCUACCAGCUCAGGACGGCCUGUCUGUGGACGACUGUAAUACAAUUUCUCCCUGAAGUGGACUUAAACAAUGGUCAACCUGCUGGGUUCUUUGCCCUUGACCUAGCCACCGCAGGACAUGGGCUCUCGCACCUUCUGGCUCCAGGAUGAGGAACGCUGUCACUCUCCGAGAAGGGGAAUGGCUUGUUGAUUCAGCAGAAACGCCCAUCCCAGCUCUAUUCUUCUCAGCUGGCACCCUCACAAAGCCAGCCUCUGGGCCUGCCCUGGUUUUUUCAUGAUGUCAUCCAUUCAUCAUUGUGAGCUGAUUGGCGGUCCCAGGCCUUGGCCAGCUGCCCAAGGCCAGGAGGGAAGAGAGAGUUACCAGGACGAACUUGCAGUCAAAAAGGACAGGAACUGGAUAGACAUCUACAAAGCCUCCAACACCAUGGCCGUUGGGGUGACCUCCUCCGUGCCCUGCCUGCCCCUUCCCAAUAUCCUCCUCAUGGCUAGUGUCAAAUGGCACCAGGGACAGAGCCAGACAUGGAACAGACCAUCUAAAGCCCCAAACAUCAUCCUGAAGAGGAUACUCCCCCUGAAGUUUGUGGAGCUCCAAGUCUGUGACCGGCUUCAACGCGUCCUGCGGUUGAGGACAGUCACUGAGAAGAUCUACUACCUAAGGCUCCACCCUGACCAUCCAGAGACUGUCUUCCACUUCUGGAUCCGACUGGUUCAGAUUCUGCAGAGGGGCCUGUCCAUCACCACCAAAGACCCUAGGAUUCUUGUCACUCACUGUCUGGUACCCAAGAACAGCUGCAGCCCCUCGGGAGACUCGAACUUAGUACAGAAGAAACCCCAAGCCUCCCAGCCCAGCGAGAGCCUCAUGCAGCUGAUGGCUAAGGGGGAAAGUGAAGCACUCUCUCAGAUUUUUGCCGACUUGCACCAGCCCCGCCAGUUAAGUUCCAGGAGCAGCAAAAAAACACAGACCAAAAGGGACAGCCCAGAGAAAGAUACUCCCAGUGAAGACAGCAUCCCUUGUACCCGAGACCUCAGCUGGCGGGACUCGUUCACUUAUGGAGAGUGGGAAAGAGAGAACCCCUCGGGUCCGCAGCCCCUUUCACUCCUCAGCACCCUGGCAGCCUCCACGGGGCCACGGCUGUCCCCACUCAUAGGAAAUUGUAUUUGAACCACGCUUUCAUUCUGGGGAGAAUCUAUGCAGCCCUCACCAAUGCCACUCUGCAGCCUUCAGCUUUCUGAGGGACUCUAUCUGGAUGUGGAGGAGGAGAAAGCUGCAACUAAGGAAACACUAGAAUCAUCUCACGCUGAUAGCAUAGCCUUUCCUUGGAGAACCACUUGCGAGCACGGCUCCGGGUGAGAAGCAUUAUUCCUGCAUCGUUCUAGUAUGUAACUCCACGUACUCGGGGUCCGCGCUGCCACCUGUCACCACACCUAGCUUCCAUCCCACCACCAGAGCGAGCACAAGAAGACAUGCUCUCAGAAGGGCCAGGGCCAAGAGGUGGAGAGAAGGAAGGAAAGGGAAGCAGGACCGGAGGAGACGUGGAAGAGACCAAAGUGGAGGCGAAGAGAGGAGGUGGAGGGAGGAAGUCCGAGAAGAGGGGAGAUCUCGCGGCCAGGCGGUAACAGAAGGAAACAGAGGGACCUGAAAAAGAAGCUGGAGAGGAUAAGAGAAGAAACACACCACUGAGAGAUGCCUCACCAAGCUUCUAUUUAUCUAAUUUAAAACUUGAAAGUAAGGCCAUAAACCAAAAGAGAAAUGUC